AGCAAAGCCUCUUUCCUCAUCACACCCUCCCAUUGUGAAACGGUCGAUUAUAAGCGAUGCUUACUUCCAUGUCCUUGCCAUGAGCUGGUAUGGGCGAAGAUCUCCUCGAUAACAUCAUCAUGAAGCAGCAGCUCGCCCACAAAUACUUUCAAUGACUCAAUCCUGCGAUAAUUACUUCACUCCCAAUUACAAGCCCCCCGUUGCCGCAGAUGGCUGGACCUACCGCCUGAUUGCACAGGACCUUGCCCGGCCGAGGAGCCUCGUCAUUGACUCGAGAGGUGCAUUACUUGUCCUCGAGGCUGGCAAUGGCAUCAAGCGCAUAACCCUCGAAGACAACGGCGGCACAUGCCUCGCUGCUCGUGAUGAGACCCUCCUCGUCCGGCAUUCUGCUCUGAAUCAUGGAAUCGCCAUUUCCGAUGACGGGACCACUCUCUUCGCCUCCACGUCCGAUGAGGUCUUUUCUUGGUCAUACGACGCCGUCGACGGCAUCGUCAGCGCCGCCAACCGAACCAUCGUCGAGGGCAUGCACAACUCGGGCCACACCACCCGCAGCCUCCUCAUGUCACGCAAGUCUCCCGGCAUGCUCGUCGUCUCCCGCGGCAGUGAUGGCAACAUCGACGAGCUCUGCUCGGACGAGUCGUCGGGCCAUUGCCAGGUCCGCGCUUUCAACGUGACGGACCUGGUUACCGGAGCCGGAGACGGAGGAGGUCAGGACCCUCUCGACUUCACCACCGACGGCAUCUUGCUAGGCUGGGGCCUCCGUAACUCGGUCGGUAUCGCAGAGGACCCGAACGAAGGCGGCAUCUGGACCGUCGAGAACUCGGUCGAUAACCUGGAGAGGGAUGGGGUCGAUAUUCAUCGUGAUAACCCAGCUGAAGAGCUUAACUUCCACGGCUCCCUCGAGGACUUGGUCCUUGGUGUGAAUAACGGCAAUGGUCGGGGCGCCAACUAUGGCUACCCCGACUGUCUCGCCCUUGGGAGCACGGAUGAUUUCCCUCAACUCGGAGACCUGAACCCAGGAGACCACUUCCACGCGGCCGGUUUCACCACCCUCAACGACUCGGCAUGUGAAGGUCGUGUUUCUCCUAGAUUAACCUUCCAAGCUCAUACCGCGCCCCUGGACAUCAAGUUCGCCCCCGAUGGUUCCGAAGCCUUCAUCGCCUUCCACGGCAGCUGGAACCGAGACGAUCCCGUUGGCUACAAGGUCUCCAGUGUUGCUUUCGACCGCCGCGGCUCUCCCGAGGUCUCCGCCGACAGCAAUGCCGCAAUGGUCGACGUCCUCAGCAACCAGGAUCUCUCCGACUGUCCCGCCGGCUGUUUUCGUCCCGUUGGCCUCGCAUGGGACGAUCAACGGAGGCUCUACGUGACUUCGGAUUCGACGGGCGAGAUCUUUGUUCUCCAGAGGUCAUCCGACUCGGGGUCUGAGGCUUCGCCUUCACCUACCUCCACCCCCGAUGCGGCGCCUGCUAUGGGAUUUCCAAACAUGUGGGUUUCCUUGGUAGCAUUAGCCAUACCCAUGGUCAUGCCGCUUGCCGCUGGGUUCCGUUUCUUGGCCAUUGGAGCGUAGAGUCAUGUCAUGCCUAAGGGCUGAGCCUAUUUUGGACGCGAGAAACGAUGAGAAUAAGGGUUCAAGUUGAAUAUUGGCGUGAUCUCGUGAGACUUGGGCAUUCCGAGAUUGUGGAAAAAGCAAAGGCAGCCAAUGCCAUGAUUUCUUCUUCCGCUUUUAGAACCUGAGCCACGUCUGUCAUUACCCGGGAUAAUAACAACAAGCCUAGACUGCUGCC